UUUCCAGAGCUCCAAGCUGCUCUGAUUCCGUCUGAGCACUCCGAGUCCGACUACAAAGCUACAAGUUCAGGUUGUGGAUGCAAAUGUGUGCCUGUCUUUCCUUCUAUAAAUAUUAUUCAGAUCAGAUGAGCCAAGGGGAGAAUCGAAGCCCAAGGGUGGAAGGAUAAGCCGGCGACGCCUGCUUGGCAGGUCGAGUGAGGUUUCUGAAGGAUUUGGGAGGUUGUUCCAGGGGCGGGACCCUUGAAAGCAGGCAGCAUGGUUGCGGACAAUGCUUCGGAAGCGUCUGGUGUGCCCAAGCAGAGUGCAGAUCAAGCAGCUCAGGCUUCUCUGGAUCAGCUGUUUGGAGCUGAUGAAGGGGGUCAGGGAGGGAAAGGAUCCGAAUAUGACCUGCAAAUCACUGGUGGUGACUUGACCUUCGGAGAAGACUUAACGUCGGAGGGGAUAUCGUUGGAAGGGCUGCAGGAUGAGCUUGAACACUUUCAAGGGCAAGAGGUGGUGGCCAACAUCCUGGGGCAGGGCAGCGAGCUGCGGGAGCUGGCGCGCGACGUGGAGGACAAGCUGCGCCAGGUGGAGCUGGAGAGCAUCCAGGACUACAUCCGCGAGAGCGACAACCUGGUGUCGCUGCACACUCAGAUCCGCGACUGCGACGGCAUCCUGGCGCACAUGGAGGCGCUGCUGAGCGGGUUCCAGGCAGACCUGGGCGCCAUCAGCAGCGAGAUCAAGAGCCUGCAGGAGCAGUCCCUCAGCAUGGGCGUCAAGCUCAAGAACCGCAAGUCGGCUGAGGCCAAGCUGGCGCGCUUUGUGGAGGAUGUUGUGGUUCCCCCCGACCUCAUCCAGGGCAUCGUGGACGCUGAGGUCAGCGACGCCUACCUGGCCUACCUGACCACCCUCAACCGCAAGCUGCACUUUGCUGCGACUGACCCCACCGCGCGCACGGCCGCUGCGCUCAAGGACGUGGAGCCCGAGCUGGAGCGGCUGCGCAUCAGGGCCGUCGCCAAGUCACGGGAGUUCCUGCUGAACAAGUUCCUGGCCCUCAAGAAGCCCAAGACCAACAUCCAAAUCCUGCAGCAGAGCGUCCUGUUGAAGUACAAGUACAUGGGGGCGUUCUUACGGGAGCAUGGUCGCGAGGUGUACCCCGAGAUUGUGGCCACAUACAGUGACACAAUGAACAAGGUGCUGAGCGCGCAGUUCCGCACAUACAUUGGGCAGUUGGAGAAGCUGCAGCUGGACAUCGUCUCCAAAAAUGACCUCAUUGGGGUGGACGACUCGCGCAUCGCCAACAUCUUCUCGCGCAAGACGGACGCGCUCAAAAAUCGCUCCGCCGUGUUUGCGCUGGGGGAUCGAGCCAACGUGUUGAAGGAGGUGGACGCGCCGGCCAUCAUCCCGCACAUUGCGGAGGCCAGCCACGCCAAGUACCCGUACGAGGCCCUCUUCCGCAGCCUGCACAAGCUGCUCAUGGACACCGCCACCUCCGAGUACCUCUUCUGCAUGGAGUUUUUCGGCGAGGAGGCCGUGUUCGAUGCGAUCUUCGCGGGCGUGUUUGCGGUCAUCGACGAGAGCUUCGAGAAGGUGCUGCCAGUGUGCUACGAUGCCGUGGGGCUGCUGCUCAUGAUCCGGAUAACGAACCAGCACCAGCUGGUGAUGUCGCGGCGGCGCGUGCCGUGCCUGGACUCGUACCUGGACAAGGUGAACCUGCUGGUGUGGCCGCGCUUCAAGGCCGUCUUCGACCUGCACCUCGCGUCCGUCAAGAACGCCAACGUGCGCGCGCUCUGGGAGGACGACGUGCACGCGCACUACGUGGCGCGGCGCUACGCCGAGUUCGCGUCGGCCAUGGCGCAGCUAACGACGGAGGGCGGCGACCAGCAGCUGGAGCACAACCUGGAGCGGCUGCGCACUGCGCUGGACGACCUGCUGGGCAAGCUCGCGCGCAACUUCCCGCGGCCCAAGCAGCAGGCCAUCUUCCUGAUCAAUAAUUACGACGUCGUGCUCGCCGUCCUCAAGGAGCACGGCAGCGAGGGCGGGCGCACGCUGGCCUCGUUCGAGGAGCUGCUGGCGAGCGCCAUCACUAUCUUCGUGGAGGAGGAGCUGCGCGAGCACUUCGGCCCGCUCAUCGCCUUCGUCAAGACGCGCGCCGUCAGCGCCGACCCGGAUGCGCCGGCGGCAGCGGGCGGCGCCGGCACGCCCGGCGGAUCCAGCAGCAGCGGCGGGGCGAGUGCGGCGCCCAUCUCGGUGGCGGAGCUGGAGCCGCUGUUCAAGGACUUUGCGGCGCGCUGGAAGACGGCCAUCGAGAGCAUGCACAAGGACGUGAUCACGUACUUCUCCAACUUCGUGAUGGGUAUGGAGAUCCUGCGCAACGCCCUCACGCAGCUCCUGCUCUACUACACCCGCCUCCUCGACUGCCUCAAGCGGCCGGGUGGCGGCGGCACUUCUCUCGGGAAGGACGUGGUGAGUAUACCGUCGAUAAUGUACGAGAUCAAAAAGUACAGCCGAACCUUUUAAGAUGGAGCAAGCUGCCACCAGGCUCGGUCGGGCGAACAAGUCCAAACGCCUAUGUCACAAACUGAUUGAUGUUUUCUUUUGAAGUUGUCCCGCAUGUCGCAUAGGCCCGGAUUGGUAGUCAUCGAUGACAUGCGAACUCUACCAUACGUUCCCAUGAUUCACAAAGCCUCAGCAUG